GUCAUCGGCUUUCUACUCCGGUUAGGCGCGCGCGAAAGUGUCGGAGUGAAAUCACACGAGCUGGCUCUGAUCGAAUCUAAUAGGAACUCCCUCUAAUCGUUAAACAUCUGCAAAAACAAUGGCGGACACGAAGGCAGCACAAGAUGAUCCCGAAACACCCACAGAUACUGUAGAAGAGUCCAACCAUGACCCUCAUUUUGAGCCCAUAGUCUCACUUCCUGAGCAGGAUGUCAAAACUUUAGAGGAGGACGAAGAGGAACUUUUCAAAAUGAGGGCAAAGCUGUAUCGUUUUGCCAGUGAGAAUGACCCCCCUGAGUGGAAGGAACGUGGAACAGGUGAUGUCAAACUCCUUCGGCACAAAGAGAGAGGUUCCAUCCGCCUUCUCAUGAGAAGAGAUCGCACUCUCAAAAUCUGUGCCAACCACCACAUUAUGCCGUCGAUGGAGCUAAAGCCCAAUGCUGGUAGUGACAGGGCCUGGGUGUGGAAUACACUUGCUGACUUUGCAGAUGAACAACCCAAACCAGAGCUUCUGGCUAUCCGAUUUCUCAAUGCAGAGAAUGCACAGAAGUUCAAGAUGAAGUUUGAUGAAUGCAAAGAGGAGGCCCAAAAGUCUCUAGAGGGUAGCGUUAACAGUCCAAACAAAGUGGCAGAGAAGUUGGAGGAGCUCUCUGUGAAUGAUGGCAAGACAAAGAGUUCAGAAGAUAAAAAAGAGGAGGUUGAAAAGGAAGAGAAGGAAGAGAAGAAAACAGGGGAGGAAGAGAAGAAAUGAGCCCAGGAAGGUUGCAUCAUAUGGAUCCUCCACUUGCCAUUUUCCCCUUUUCUACAACAGACUCUGAAAAUUAAAAUUGGACACUUUUCCUUUUUGGCCUCUUGAAUUCACAAGACCUUGGUGCCACUCUUAAUGUGUCCAUUUUCUCUGUCAUCAAGCUGUUGUGAUCAUCUGUCCCAUUCGCAAUCUCUCAUAUUGACUUUCAUAUUCCCAUACAUUGUGGACCAGUCGUCAGCUAUCAUGUAUUUGUGUAUUGACAAGACAUGUUGUGAUACAAGGCUUGUGCUAUUGAUUGAUUCCCACAUUGGGUAACCUCUUUUGUUUUUUUAUUUUCUUUUGUACUUAGAGUUAUAUUGAGAGUUUCUAGAUGAGCACUGUCUGAUAUGAGAGCAGGUUGUGUGAGUUGAUAGGGAGUGUGAGUAGACUUUUCUUUACAAUAAAGUCACAUGAGGAACA